AUGCUAAGUCGUGCUCUGAAGAAGCAAGACAACAAUUUGAGCUCAUGGGAAUCGGGAUCUGUUUCUUGGAAUGCAAUUAUUGUUGGAUAUGUGCAGGAAGGGAUGAGUUUGCAAGGCUCUUAUCAUAUUUUGUAUGAUACUAAAACCUUCAAUUACUUUGCGAGUAUCAAACUCAUGAAAAGCUAUUGCUUUGUGCUCGAAGUAGAAACAAACAACUGGCUAUUGUGUAUAAGCUUUGACAGUUUCUUUUAUAUUUAUCGAUGUUAUUUGCCAGGUCAUUACAUACCACAGCUGGCUGAUGUUCUGCUGGACUAUAAUGCACGUUCAACUGGUUUCAAGUUCAAUAUCAAAGGAGUUGCUAUUGGAAAUCCACUUCUCAAACUUGAUCGUGAUGCUCAAGCAACAUAUGAAUUCUUUUGGUCUCACGGAAUGAUUUCUGAUGAAGUUGGUCUUGCCAUCAUGAACAAAUGUGAUUUUGAUGAUUAUGUCUUCGCUAGUCCUCACAAUAUGACUGACUCAUGCAACAAUGCCAUCAGUGAAGCAAACGACAUCGUUGGUGAAUAUAUAAAUAAUUACGAUGUGAUCCUUGAUGUUUGUUAUCCAUCUAUAGUAGAGCAAGAACUGCGGUUGCGGAAAGUGGCUACCAGGAUAAGUGUUGGAGUUGAUGUGUGUAUGACCUAUGAAAGAAGAUUCUAUUUCAACCUUCCUGAGGUUCAGAAGGCUCUUCAUGCAAAUCGAACUAAAUUACCAUAUGGCUGGUCUAUGUGCAGUAGCGUUCUAAAUUAUAGUGACACUGAUGGUAACAUCGACAUGCUUCCCCUGCUCAAAAGGAUAGUUCAGAAUGGGAUACCUGUUUGGGUAUUUAGUGGUGACCAAGAUUCUGUUGUACCUUUGCUGGGAUCCCGGACACUCAUCCGUGAACUAGCACAUGAUCUAAAGUUCGACGUUACAGUCCCAUAUGGAGCUUGGUUUCACAAAGGCCAGGUGGGAGGUUGGGCAACCGAGUAUGGAAAUUUGUUGACUUUUGCCACAGUAAGGGGUGCUGCUCAUAUGGUACCCUAUGCACAACCAUCAAGAGCCUUACAUCUUUUCAGUUCAUUUGUGCGCGGUCGAAGACUGCCUAAUAAUACUCGUCCUUCGAUAGAUGAUUAAGAAAAAAUGUUUUACGAGUUGCUGCAAUGUGUUAGGGUUUCAAGUUAGUUCAUAAUUCUAAAAUUUCGUUACUCGAAAGAUAAGAAAGUCAUCGUGUUUUCAACAAUUACGGAUACCCGAAGGGACAAAAGAAGGCCUUUCAAUUGUAGUUGAGGAGAGAGGAAAUUAAAUAUAGGACUUUUCUUCAUUUUCAUUGAUGAUAGUUCUCACUUCUCAGUUGUAUCUUCUUGAAAUAGAAGAAGAACAUGAUUGACUUGAUAACGAGUUCAUUUCAUGUAAUGAAUGG